CCGGAAACACCCGAAGUGCACUUUUUUGCGGGGUAAUUUUACCAUGUACAUGAAUUAUAACCUAAAUUGCAAAUAAAAACGAAUAAGUAGCAUUGACUUGCGCCAAUCAUUCAGUGAAAACAAUUUUUAUUAAUAGUAAUUAAUAAAAAUAAGUAAAAAGUAUUUAGUUUAAAAUGAAAGUCACUGACAGUAAAAUCGGUGAGCACAAACUUAAUCACAAGUGGGAAAUUGAUGAUUUUGCAUCAGUCAUUAAACGACCCAGCUUCGCUACAAGCAAAAAUGGAUUUUUUCAGUCCCCAGGUUUUUCAAUCGAAGGCACAAUUAAAAACUUGUGGUAUUUAAGAUUAAGUAUAAAUAGAGAAGCUUCUAAUAACGAAGAAUGGCUGUCACUGACAGUAGCCUCAAACAGCCACGGGACUGAUCCAAUCAGAGCAAGUUGUUUGUUAUUUAUUUUGAAUGACAAAAAGAAGAGAAAAUUUACUCAAACUUUUCGUAACAGCUUCGAAAGCUCUCACAUUGACUGGGGCUGUGAAAAAUUUGUCAAAAAAAAUUUAUUGCUUACUAAUAAGGAUGAAUUCCUGCCUAAUAAUAUGUUAUCAAUAGGCAUUGAGUUGACAAUAUUUGAAUCAGCGGCAAUUAAUACAAUUGAAAUUUUACCAAAACCAUCAAAGCGUGUAAUCAUCGAUGAUUUAAAAAAACUUCUUGAUCAUAAAAUAGCCAGUGACAUUACUUUGCAAGUUGGUGAUGAACAAUUCAAAGCUCACAGGGCAAUUCUGAUGAUGCGAAGUCCAGUAUUUUGCAAAUGGCUCACCCACCAAACAAAAGAAAACAUGGGCGACAAAUUUAUUUUGUCAAAUAUUAAUUCUGAAAACUGUAAACUCAUGUUGGAAUUUAUUUACACGGACAAAGUUGAGGAUCUUGAUAGCAACGUUGAAAAUUUACUUGCAGUUGCAGACGAUUAUCAGCUGAAAGGUUUAAAAGAAACUUGUCAAGAAUUGCUUUGUGGUUCAAUUUCUGUGGAAAACGCUGCUAGAAUAAUGGUUUUAGCACAUCGACACAACGCUAAACAAUUAUUUGAUUACGUAAUUGAGUUCGUUGCUAUCAACAUUACACGUGUUAUGAAAACUACUUAUUAUGUUAAUUUUAUUAAGUUCUAUCCUGAUAUUUCAUUGAUUCUUAUUGAAAAACUUGCGAACUUAAUUAAUAUACCUGCUACUCCACAAACUCCUGAAGUCAUUAAUUAUUUUUCGAGAGAAAAAAAUUUAAAAUAAAAGAUAAUUUUUUGAUGAAGGAGAUUUAAAUAAAGUUAAUUAAUUAUUAUUUUUGUGUGGACAAUUACUGCAAUCAUGGAUGACAGUAAAUAAAUAAAUGAGUUAUUGAUUAUAAAUUUAUUUAUAGACGAUACAAUUGCUCAGGUUUAUUUGGAAAAAUCUAAUAGAUACUUAAGAUUAAAAAUGAAUUUAUUUUAUUAAUUAUUAAUUAAUAUACUUUCCUGUAAUUAUGGUACUUAAUUUAAAUGACGAAUUGUUGAAAAGUAUUUUUUUUUCUUGGAUUAAAGUAUCGUAACAUUAAA